AUGGCUCAAGUACAAGAACUCGUUGAAAAAAUUAUUGAAAGCAACAAGGUUGUUGUCUUCUCCAAGUCUUAUUGUCCUUACUGUGUCAAGGCAAAGGCUGUUUUGAAGGAAUUCGGUGUCGAGUUCUUUGUUAUGGAACUCGACAAGGAGAGCAACGGUUCUGCUGUCCAACAAUACCUUGCUGAAAAGACUGGUCAACGUACUGUUCCCAACAUUUUCAUCAACCAACAACACAUUGGUGGCUGUGACGAUUUGCUCGCUGCUAAGGCUAACGGUUCUCUCAAGAAGCUCUUGCUUUAA